UCCGCUUUCUUCCCUCCCACUUCCGGGUCUCCUUGGUUUAUGAAUUUUGGGCGCGAAUUACUCCAAGCGCGGCUUCCAGAAGGGUGCAAGAAGUUUGCAUGCACUGUAUUUAGAUCAAGAUGUCUGGUAAAGCAGGUGCUUCCAAGAAAAACUCUCAACAGUUAAAAAGAAAUCCAAAGAGAAAAAAGGAUAAUGAGGAAGUGGUGUUGUCAGAGAAAAAGAUUAGAAACACAGUGAAAAGAAAUAAAAAUCAUCUGAAAGAUCUGCCUUCUGAAGGACAAACAAAGCACACUAACCUAAAACAGGUAAAGAUAGCAUCCAGCAAGAGAAAAACUUGGCAACCUCUUUCAAAGAGUAGCAGAGACCAUUUGCAAACUAUGAUGGAAUCAGUAAUAAUAACAAUUUUGAGUAAGAGUAUUAAAGAAAAAGAAGAAAUACAAUACCAUCUCAACGUCCUAAAGACAAGAUUGCUACAACUGUGUGAAACUCUGAAAGUUCCUCCCAAAAAGACAGAAGAUUUAGCUAAUGUGUCAAGUCUGCUGAAUGUGGAAAGGGCACGAGACAAAGCUAAUGAAGAAAGUCUGGCAUUACUGCAGGAAGAAAUAGAUAAAAUGGUAGAGACUACAGAGUUAAUGACUGGGAAUAUUCAGAGGCUAAAGAACAAAAUUGAAAUUCUGGCAAGUGAAGUGGAAGAAGAAGAGGAGAAGAUAAAACAGAUGCAUCAAAUAAAUAAUAGUGGAGUCCUCUCUCUUCCAGAACUUUCUCAGAAAACUCUCAAAGCACCCACACUUCAGCAAGAGAUUUUGGCACUAAUUCCAAACCAGAAUGCUCUUCUAAAGGACUUGGAUAUUCUUCAUAAUUCAUCACAGAUGAAGAGCAUGUUAAUAUUCAUUGAUGAGUCUAUUGGUUAUAGUUUGUUUAAAGGAGUUACCAACCUGUAUGUUCCAAUGCCAGAACAUACUGAUUAUGGACGGUCUGUAAUCGAGUGGUAA